AUGAAUGGGUCCAAUUUGGAGGAGGACGCCGGCAGCGGGAAGAACGACACCGCUGGUGGCAGAGAAUCCGCGGUGACGAUUCUCACCGAGCAGGAGAGGAUGAUACUCUUCGGAAUCUUCACAGUUCUGAUGACCAUCGCCGUGGUGGGAAACGUCGCCGCGAUCAACGCGACUAUCAGAAGGAAGCACAGAUUUCUGCAAAAGACUUGCAUCAUCUCCUUAGCAGUUGGUGAUUUGUUGAUAGCCCUAGCUUACGGUGUUAACAAUUUGGAGAAGUUUUCGCACGCCUUCAUCAAUUGGACUUUAGGUAGCUUCAUGUGCCACUUCAUUCCCAUGGUUCAGGUGUUCGGGAUAACGGCUAGCACCGUAGCAAUCGUCGCGAUCGCUCUGGACAGGUACAGAAACGUCGUCUACGCUUUGGACAACCAGUGGAAUCCUAAACCCAUGACUUGCAUCGCAGGAGCAACAAUCCUUUGGACCAUUUGCAUAGGUAAAUUUGCAAUUCAACAACGAUAA